CACCAGGGAGGUGCGUAGGACAGCCUCAUGUCUCGCUGAUAGAAUCUACAGGGAUUAUUAAUCAAGCCCUCCAUGUCCUAUCUGUCGGUUAACAGUACCAGAGCCUGUACAGGUAACACUGCCAACAAGCAGUCUAUGUCCAAGAGAUGGGUGAGUGCUGCUUUGCCUGGCUUUGGUCUUCUGAUGCUGCAUCACUGAGGGAUUUGUGCUUAUAUGAUGCCGCUGUUACCAAGGCUUUGGGUAAACAAGGAUAAUUAACAUAGGGAUGCAAUAAUGCAUUACAUGAGAGUAAGUGUAUGAUGCUCCAAGUAAACUUGGAUAAAAUUAUUUGUUUUAAAGUUGAAAAAAAAAACGUUAAUCGGAUUCAGCUAAAAGAGAAGAGGACAGGCAAGAAGAGCCUUCUAAGCUAUCAAAAGGAACAUCAAAUUCGACAUACCAAAAGGAACAUCAUAUUCAACAUUUAAACAGGCAAAUAGUAAUAGGGUUUAUGGUAUGGUCUGCUCAUCCUGUUAUCUCAUUUUCACUCCACCGCUUGCAUGUGAAGUCACUAAUGUUGAAGAGGACAGUGCGCCGUGUCCAAUUGUGCUGAGGUGGACUCUCUCUCCCUCUCCCUCUCCCUCUCCCUCUCUCUCUCUCUCUCUCUCUCCCUCUCUCUCUCUCUCUCUCUCUCUCUCUCUCUCUCUCUCUCUCUAUCUCUCACUCAAACACUAACAUAGAACACAUACUCACAGCAUGCACUCUGCGCACCGCUCUGAUCUAUACACACUCGAACGCAGCACGCAAGCAUCGCUGUGCUACUGUCUUGGAAAAGGCAAAAGGUGCGCAUCCUAUGAAGCGCUGUUUUGUUUGUUUUUACUGUUCUCAGCAAACGAGGAAAUAUCAUCUUAUUCUGACAUACUCUGGAGUUUGGAAGCACCUGCUCCUGUUCUGGGGUCAACAAUUUAAAAGGAGACUUCUGAGGCAUAGCGACAGAGACACCAGAGCGAGGAUGUGUGGGGUGGACGUGGACCUGGAUGAGGGGGGCUCAGGUGACGAGGAGAAGGAGCAGGAGUUCUGGGUGGGGGAGGGGGUGAAGAUGCUGCCCCCUCCCCUGGCCCACAGUGAGGGCAGCGCGUGGGGCAGCCGCCGGGGCAGGUGUGGCUGUGUGGCGUGCGGGGUGGGGCUGCUGUUGUGGAACGUGGGCGUGGUCCUGGUGUGUGUCCUGGUCCUGAUGGCCGUGUUCACCCUGGUCCUGCUGCCCGCCUCGCUGCUGCUCUACGUCGGCUUCCUCUGCCACUCACGGGUCCUAGACUCCCACUCUCCUUUCUGCCGUUACCUCGACGACAACAGUUGCUCCGCCCUUAUUAUCCUGGGCUUCGUGAUGAUGUCACCGCUGGUGGUGGUCGCGGCAGCCAUCUUCUGUGGGCUGCUCCGGAGGCUGCGGCUCCUCCUGCUGUUUCAGCCAAUCACACGUGCCUGGUACCGUGGACCGGGCUUGGACUGGGGAGGCGACGUCCGUGCUUGGGUCUGAUUGGACCAACACUCUAAUAAACCAGUUGUCUAAAAGUUUAAUAGGUCAACGGUCAAGAGAGAAUCCAGUCCUGGAGAAUCACUGUGUCACCUAAUGUAUUUAGUGUCCUAAUAAACUGUAGUGAAUGUCAUACAAUCAAAUGGAUAUAACGGGAACCAGUACAAUUAUUUAAAAACAGAGCUUGACAUGUUAACAAGGCAGUGGUUAGGGGACUAUUGCUAGUCAGAGAGGAGACAGUGGAGGUAAUGGUGGGAUAUACUAGCAGCUGUUCUCUGUGAAUUUGUAUGUAUAUUUCUAUUUUUCUGUUAACAUAUAGUUGUGAACAUGAUGUAGCAGAUAAAUGAAACAGUAUUGCAUAAACUGUCACUGAAAUGUCUAGAAUGGAAGGAAAAUAUGUUUACAAACUUACUUCAUUUGACAGAUGUUGUUCAUUCUAUUGAUUUCAUUAUUUUCACCAUCUGGGUUAAAGGUCAAUUCUGUCACUUUUCAACCUCAUAUUCAUUAUCUUCAGCACCAAACCAGUAUCUAAAUCAAAUAUAAUUGUAUUGGUUGCAUACACAUAUUUAUCAGAUGUCAUUGCGUGUGUAUCAAAAAGAUCCAACAGUGCUGUAAUAGUGUGAGUGUGUCUGAUUAAUGAUGAGUGAGAAAGUUACACGCACAAAUAUCAUACACCUCAAAAAUGAUAACUUCCCCUGUUAUAGUAAUUGUGAGAGGUUAGCAUGUCUUGGGGGUAUGAUAUUUGUGAGUCUGUCACUUUCUCACUCAUCAUUAUUCAGACACACACUUUAAGUAUUAAUGGUGAUAAGAGGGAGGGUUCCAGUACAGUGGGUCUGCAGUGGCAUGAUUCACUCUGCCUGGAAUAAUGUUUGAUAGUCAUCUUCAGACUCCUCAUUAAACUUCAAACUCUCCAACUUUAGAUGUACUGACAAGUACAUGCACUUAUUAAUUUUCCUCUGAUGUGGCCCAAUUAACUACGGUUUAAUGUGACCAAUUUUAACACUGAGUAGUUUAAUAGACUGUUCUCUUUUUUACACUCAGGGCUGUUACUGUAACACACACUGUUAAAAUAAAGUGCUUUGUAACGCUAAGACGAGUGGCAACUGAGCUGCCACCACCUUAAAGGAGACGAAACCUUAACUUUGCUGGAGUAUUGAAACACAUGGUUGUGAAGGUAUUGAGACAGAUUAAAGGUGUACUGAAAAAAUCA